CAACCACCCUUUGCAUUUAUGAAUUCUCCCCCUCCAACUCUUCCUUCUCAUUCCACUUCUCUCCAUACCAGCAGGCAGCCAUGGAUGCCUUCCAUCCAACACAAGCCUCACUCUCUCCCUACAAGCUUCUUUUCAGGGCUCUCUCUUCCAUACCCAUUUCCCAUUAUUUCUUGGCUUCCCUCUUCUGUUCUCUCAUUUUUCUCUAUCAUUUUCUAGAAUUCCAUUUCCUUGAGGAUGUCUUUUCUGGGUUGAGAGGGAGUCCUGUUUCUUUGACCUUCAAUUCCCAUUCUCAGAUCUAUGAAGGGGUUGUUUCCAAGUGUAAGAUUCUUCAUGGAAGGUAUUUGGCAACUCCUUGGCUUUCAAGUCCUCAUUUUCAGACUGCUUUUCUGAAUUUCUUUGGGAGGCCUCCUGUUUUCAACUACAGAAGACAAAUAUUUCGUGCUUCUGAUGGUGGAAGUCUAGCUUUGGAUUGGCUACUGCCUUCUGAUGUUCUGAGAGGUGCUUUUCAUGCGAAUAAUGCCAUUUCUAAAGAUGACACAACGCCUAUUGUAGUAGUAAUUCCUGGCUUAACCAGUGAUUCUACUUCUGCUUAUAUCAAGCAUUUUGCCUUCAAUAUGGUAAAACGUGGAUGGAAUAUUGUUGUUAGUAACCAUCGAGGUCUCGGUGGUAUUUCAAUUACUUCUGAUUGCUUUUAUAAUGCUGGAUGGACAGAGGACAUACGGGAAGUCAUUGCUCAUCUCCAUCACGAAUACCCAGUGGCUCCCCUCUUUGCUGUUGGAACUAGCAUUGGUGCAAACAUUCUGGUAAAAUAUCUUGGUGAGGAUGGGGAGAAUAUUCCUGUUGCUGGGGCUGUAGCUAUUUGCAAUCCUUGGGACUUACUGAUUGGUGACAGGUUCAUAUCCCGUAGGCUUCUGCAGAAGUUUUAUGACAUGGCUCUUGCCAGUGGCCUUCAAGGUUAUGCACAAUUACAUCAGCCUCGCUAUUCUCGCCUUGCUGAUUGGGAAGGCAUUAAAAAGUCACGUUCCAUUCGGGAUUUUGACACCUAUGCCACCUGUCUUGUUGGGAAAUUUGAGACUGCGGAUACAUACUAUAGACGUUGUAGUAGUGCUAGUUUUGUUGGAAAUGUGGCAGUGCCACUACUCUGCGUCAGUGCUUUGGAUGAUCCAGUCUGCACUAGGGAAGCCAUUCCUUGGGAUGAAUGCAGGGCAAAUAAAAAUGUUAUCCUAGCUACCCCACAGCAUGGAGGACAUCUGGCAUUUUUUGAAGGAAUAGCUGCGACGAGCCUGUGGUGGGUAAGGGCUGUUGAUGAAUUUCUGAGCGUUCUACACUUAAGCCCAUUUAUGCAUAAACAAAAGAAGAUACUGAAUUCUGGCCCACAUUCUUCAUUGGAAUCUGCAAUUGAUCAGGGCCCUUAUGUGAAUUUUGCAGAAGAUGGAAUGGUGGCUGCUAUGGGCAAUGAGCAAACAAGCACUGUUGUAGGACCCUUGUCCGAAGGACAGAAUAUUCAUGAUAAAUCAAGUGAUAAUGAAAUGGCUUCAGACAGUGAACAAGAUGAGCGCAUGACAACAGAAAAUUCUGCUCUUGCACCCAACACUGCCCAAACUUCCAAACUAGCAGCCAAACCUAGUUCUAUCAGAAAAUGCUUAGAGAAGCUUUCUCAGCACAAUAGAAUAUCAAUGUGGUUGAUGGGUUACAUUGCUAUCACUACAAGUUGGCCUUUGGUAGGCCCAGCUCUUCAAUUUGUCUUCAAAAACAAGUUCAAAAGUGUCUUACCUGCAGCAUUACAUGGAAGAUAGAAGCCCAUGGCAGUGGGUAAACCACAGCCAUGUUCAAUACUUGUAAUUUAUUUCGUUCUUUCUAAGUUUGAAUUUUGGUGUUGGCACCUGAUGCAUUGAUGUGCUGACACUAUUUAUGAACUUAGAUCCCAUGGGAAGGGCUAAAGCCUUAGGGUGAUGAAUAGCUGAAGAUCUACAUCUAAAGCUAACUUUUCUGGGGUGAUCCAUCAAUACGUUUCUUUAAUGAUACAUAGCUAUCGUUUGCAAGAACCCCUUGACUAAGAAGAAACAUAGAUUUGAAUUAGUUUUUUGAUA